CCGAAGCCUAGAAGGGCUGGAGUGUCAAGAUGGGAGAUACUGGGGAAGCAGUGACGUAGUUCCUUCUCCGCUUUGUUCCAAGAUGUGGGUCUGGCGCUUUUGUUGAGGGUGAUUCAAGACCCCAUUAGGAACUUCCUCACCAAACCCAAGGAAGAGAUCUGUGCAGGGCAGAUUCUUUGGAGGAGGCUGUCUGUGCUGGGCAGGUAUUACCUCUUACUCCUCAUUCCAUUGCAUCUGUUAACCAAGGACCAUGUGACUGCUGCACAGGGGAUGUGAACAGGCAGGUGCUGCUGGCAAAUAAAGGAAUACAACCUCUCUAGAUGGUGGAACUGGCACUGAAGAGAUGUUGAUUCUAAAGUAUUAUUCCUGAAAAAAUCAGAAUCUCUCACUUUCAAGUGAACUCCAGAGAUGUUGCUAAGGAAGUGAAAAUUUAGAAAGUUCAUCUGAGAGGAAAGAAGACUCGAAAGGCCACUGGGAUGCUGCAAGACAGAGAAAAUGAGAAGAAAGACGAGAAACUUCAAACAUAAGACAGUUAAAGACAAUAAAACUAUCACAGAAGUGAAUGACCAAGAAUCUGAAAAAGAUGGUAGCCAGUGUUCUGACCCAACAACAAAUGAGAGAAUUCAGGCUGAAAAGAAACAGUAUGUAUGUACUGAGUGUGGGAAAGCCUUUAGUCAGAGUGCAAACCUUACAGUACACGAGCGAAUUCACACAGGAGAGAAACCCUAUAAGUGUAAGGAGUGUGGGAAAGCCUUCAGUCAUAGCUCCAACCUGGUUGUCCAUCGGAGAAUCCACACUGGACUGAAGCCCUACAAAUGCAGUGAAUGUGGGAAAUCGUUCAGUGGUAAGUCACACCUCAUUCGGCACCAGGGAAUCCACAGCGGGGAGAAAACUUACGAAUGUAAGGAGUGUGGGAAAGCCUUUAGUCGGAGUUCAGGUCUUAUUUCACAUCACAGAGUUCACACUGGGGAGAAACCCUACACUUGUGUUGAGUGCGGGAAAGCCUUUAGCCGGAGUUCAAACCUUACUCAACAUCAGAGAAUGCACAAAGGAAAAAAAGUUUACAAAUGUAAGGAAUGUGGGAAAACAUGUGUUUCUAAUACAAAGAUUAUGGACCAUCAGAGAAUUCACACAGGAGAGAAGCCUUAUGAAUGUGAUGAGUGUGGAAAAGCUUUCAUCUUAAGAAAGACCCUUAAUGAACAUCAGAGACUUCAUCGUAGAGAGAAACCUUACAAAUGUAAUGAGUGUGGGAAAGCUUUUACUUCUAAUCGAAACCUCAUUGAUCAUCAGAGAGUUCACACUGGAGAGAAACCCUAUAAAUGUAAUGAAUGUGGAAAAACCUUCAGGCAGACUUCUCAAGUUAUUCUACAUUUGAGAACCCACACGAAGGAGAAACCUUAUAAAUGUAGUGAGUGUGGGAAAGCCUAUCGUUACAGCUCCCAGCUUAUUCAACACCAGAGAAAACAUAACGAGGAGAAAGAAACCUCGUAAGUCACAUAUUGUUGGUAAUAGAACUAAUUCCUACUUUUUUGGAAAAGCAGUUUUCAGUAUCAUCAAUCUUAAUUCUACUUCUAAGAACCCAUACAGGGAAAAUAAUCAGAAGUAGAUAAAGAUGAACAGAAGGGAUACUCAUGCUGGGAUGGUAUACAAAUAAAAGAAAAAAACUAGAUCGUCAGCAGUACAGGGUUUAAAUGAAUGAUGGUCUACCCAUAUGAUAGUUUUGCAGCUAUUGUAAACAUUUUUUAAAGAAUAUGUACUGCCACGGGUGAAAUAAUCCUCGUGGAUAAAAUGGAAGAUAAAAAAUUUAUGUGUGAGAAAUAAGAUAAAAUAGUAUCAAACCAAAAUAUCAACAAUGGUUUUUCUCUGGAUGAUAGAAUAAUAGGGUGAUUUCUAUUUUUUUCUUUAUGCUUUUUUAUGCUUUUUAGAUUUUCUACAAAUGAGAAUGUACUACUUUUAUAUUCAGGAAGAAGUGCAGUAUUUUUAAAAUGCAACGAGUCCAUGCCCACUUUCACUCAAUUCGUAGAAACAAGGCUCUAAAGUCUUGGGGUUGAAAGGUAAUACUGGCACCCAGUAGCAGUGGAAGCAGGAGCAGAUCAUUUCCUUUUAGAGCCUGUUUCCUGCGUAGUAAAAUCAAAAACAUCAGUUCUUGUCUUUUGCAGUUUUAAGACUAGCUGACUUUACACUUGUCAACAAAAUGUAUAACCCACUUCAUCACUAUUAUAUUAAAAGAACACAGCAAAAAUUUACUACAGCCUCCUCUCCCACAAUUGUAGAGGGAUCUGCAGAUUAUUAGAACCACCUAGGUCACAUCUUUUCAAUGCAUGUCUACAAAAACAGAAAAAAAGGCACCCUUAUGAAAUUGAAACAAUUGCUGUUUCAUAAUCCAUUAAGAGAUACAAUCACUAUAAAAUUUCGCAGGAGAUUCUGCCUAUAUGAUAUGUAGAGCUUAGCUAGGAUCAGAGAGAGGUGUUCUAACCCCAGAUCUGCCACACAGGGGGUUGUCAAUUUUGGUUGCAAGAUGGUGUCAGUAACUGCAAGAUCUUUCUCACAAUUCCUUCAAAGCCAGGAAGUGAGGAAGCUUGCUGAGAUUUUGUCCUGUUUCUCCUUUUAUCAUUGAGAAAAAGCCUUUCCCAGAAAAAGGGAGAGAUACUGAGCCAUCAAAAUUGUAGGUACUCCCUAGCUUCCUGUUUUUCUUCACGUGCAGUCCACAGAAAAGGCCUUAGUCCCCUUUCAACCAAUAUUUUAAACAUUUAAGUCCUUACCUUAAAAUCCACCUGAGGACACAUAAAAGCUCCCCAUUCUCAAUCCAGCCUUCCUCUAUUUGUUUACAGUGAAUCCUUAACUCUAAAUGCUAUUUGUCUUAUGCACAAAGUAAUCUAUUAUUUCAGGAAUUAAGAACAUGUUAUCUCAUCUAAUACUUGUAUAAGAAAAGGAGUCUUAGUGAUGUUAGGUGACUGUUUCGUAAGAGGUUGGAGUCAGGAUUUGAACUCAGAUCUGCCUUUCAAGUCCACGCUUUCUUCAUUAUACCAAAGUGCCUCUGCCUGCCACGGUGGUUCACAUGGAAGUGGGAGACCAGUUGGGAUUGUCCUGGGUUGUCCCUUCCAUGACAGGUGUUUAUAGCUGGACAGUUAUUUCAUGGCUUCAUAAGGAAGAGGUAUCUUCUCUUGAGUUAGACUUACGGCCUAUCACUGCAUCAGGUAAUUUAGUUUCAAGGCUUAUAUAUUUCAUUUUUGCUGUCGCUGGAAGGAAAGAAGUAGAAGGUGUGACGUAUAUAUGUGAAUAGGGAUUGUUUUGAUUUUGUCCUAUUUUAAUAGGAUAGUGACUUACAAAUCAUUUUGUAAUAUAAAAGAUCCUCUUUACAUAGUUAUUCAGGCUCUGGAACAGAUUUGCUGCUUUCAGGGGUAGGACUGUUUUAUCAUCAGUUAUCCCUGUACCAAUGCUUCCUCAGGCACAAGGGUAGGAUUACCCACAUCUGGCAACAGUAAAGGUGUUUCCAUCAUUUCCCCCUUAUUACAUGCCCUUUUAAAAUUAAAGAAAAGGUCUGUCUUCCAGGCCUCUUGUCAUGCCAGCCAUCCUGACCUGCUGGUUAGCUACAUGGAAACUCCCCAUGACAGAUGUCUACUGGUCUUGCUAACUCUGCUUUUAGAAAACAGGCAAUUGACUUAUCCUAUGUGCCUAUCAGGGUUAUUUUUUUGAGCAUUUAUUAUUGCCAAGCAGGUAUUCUGUGACCAAAACACUUCCCCAUCACUGCGCCGUAGUGUAGGAAAUUCUUCAAGUAGGUUUUUUUCAUUUUAAAAGACUGUGAUCUUGAGAUAAAUAACUUCUAGGAAGGAUACCCCUGAGAUAUGAAUACAAAUCCUGGCAUUUCUUGCCCCAGGCAAGCUAAGAUAAUAGACCCAUCUUCUAGACUGAUACUUGUCUUGAGCUGCAGGAAUAAAUGUUGACAAUUGGUCCUUGUACUCUACCAGGUAAAUAUUCUACAAUAUAAUUUGAACUGAUUGCCCAUCUUCCUCCAGGAGUUUUUCAAGACUACAAGCAGGUUUUACUUCAGCCAGAGUUUAAGUACGCAGUUCCUGCCAUCCUUUCAAGCCCUUUCAUGAUCUCUCUGGAAUUCAGGGUCUAUAUCUUUGAAUGUGUUUGGGUUUUGUUUUGUUUUUUAACUUCCUGUUCUGGUGGAAACCUGUCUCUCCAACAGCAGUGUUUUCUCUGCGGUCUCUCAAUUGCUAAUUUUUGUCUCCCUCAACCUAUGUACCUUUCUGUUCUGCCAAAGUCUAGCUCUUUUGAAAUGUGUAGCACUAGACACUUAGUGUCUUACUAUCCCCGUUCUUGUCUUCCACUGGCUUCUUUUACACUCACAUUUAUUCAUUUAUGUUUUUAGUACCCUGAAUAUUCCUGAGGACUAUGAAGGGGUUAGAGUUUUAACCACAGACAUCCUAUCCUAGUUGUAUAGAAUUGUCCUUGUGUAGAAUAAAUAUAUCUCGUUUUAGUUGAGAGGAAAUGUGUAAAAUAAAAACUUAUUUUAUAUCUAGCUUUGAUUGGUGGGAAAUGUAAUGUGAAAGACAAAGAAUCCUGCAUAGAGAGCAAAGUCAAAGUGUUUACCUAGCCUUAGUGGGAUAUUUUUCAUUGGUGGUGUGUGCUGUGUUAUUCUUACUUGGAACUGAGAAGAAAACUGAAACUGAAAAGAGCUUUAACUGAAUCUAAAUCCCAUAAGACUAAAUUUCAUUUCAACUCUUAUGUUCUCAGUGACAACUUCCUGUUUGAUUUUUUUCCACUCAAUUUAAAUAAAAUAUACUAUAAUGUUAGAUUGUUUUUAGAAACUAGACUGUCUUUAAUCACCUCUGAUGUUAUAAAACUGGAGUCAUUAAACUGUUUUUGACAAAAUAGUUCUAAUUUCUCCAAUAAAUAUCUGUUA